AUGUCGAACCUAUAUCAAUCAGAACUGGCGGUGGGACUGGCGCCGAGUCGACGAACUUCUCUGCGUUUCGCCCAACGUCCUCGUACUUCCUAUGCCAGCUUCGAUGCGACAGCGGUGCAGACAUUGCCUCGAUCCAGAACAUCUCGGUGGUCGCUGAAUCCAAUGACCAUGAGCAAUGAUCUACUGGACUGGAGGACAUUCAACACAAAUCAAGAAGAGGAAGAAUGCGCAAUUGCUUCUCCAUCAUAUCCGUUCACUGCACAGCGAACUAUAGAGGAAGUGCAAAGGCCCUCUACUUCACUACAAGUUCCGUCGCACCAACGACGGCCCUCACAACUUUCUCAGUCACUAAAGAAUGGUAUCUCAGAACUCAAGUCGCUGGGUCGUAGAAUGUCCUUGACCAUUCGCGGCAAGGCCGGGCGACCAAACAGCGAUGCCGCCGAGGCUUGUCGACCUUCACAGCUGCUUCCAAUCCGUUCAGAGGAGAGGAUGAUGGACUUUUCGGAGGCCGUCUCAUCUCGACCUCGAAACCGAUGGAACCACUUCCGCACUCCCAGCACUCGGCGAAGGCCCUCGCUACCUCUUCUCAGUUCAAUGCAGCUACAACCGUGGCCAGUGGAAGACAACAUUUUUGAGCCAAUGAUGCCGCCACGCAGUCGAGGUCAACCGAUCUUAUCUGAUCUGGUGUACGGAGGUGCAGGAGCUCGAGCUUCGGCGGCUGCUCAGAACCAGCUGUAUCAAGCACAUCGGGCGACACCGCUGCCACCAUACUCGCCACCAAAGCCAGAGAGUCUGCACGACUCCGAAAGUGGCAUCGGAAUCGGCCUAGAAGAGCUCUCUCGACGUCCUUCAGCUGUAGAUCGAUCUCAGCCGGUCGCACGAGAUCCAAUCGAUGUCCUGGCUCCGGAGCUGGUCGAGAGCAUCUUCUCUCACCUGGACCUCAAUUCUUUGCUCAGCGCUAGCCUUGUAACAAAGCGCUGGCUGCACUUUGCAUCUUCACACGCAGUCUGGCGCAAUGUGUUUGUUCGAGAUUUUGGCCCCAAGCAACCCAUGCCAACCUGGGAGGGCCAAGUGAGGCAUAUUGCCGGCAUGGGCAAGAGCCUGCCUGGUCAGGACUACAUUCGACUAUAUCAGGUCCGCCGUCAAAUCGACAGAAGAUGGGAUGAAGGUCAGGCUGCCGCGAUCUACCUCAACGGUCACCGAGAUAGCGUCUAUUGUGUGCAGUUCGACGAGAACAAGAUCAUCACAGGAUCCCGAGAUCAGACGGUACGGGUCUGGGACGCUCGCACUUAUCAAUGCUUACGCAAACUCGGUCCGCCCCAUACUCAUCGUUCUAAAAUCCCAGUAGCCCGCGAACCCGUCAACCCUGAAGGGAUCCAGCCUUUCUGCUCGGUAGAGAUCACGACUCCCGAACCGGCGGGAGAUAUCCUGGUUACAGGCUCUUCCGACCAUACCUGUUUGGUCUGGGACAUGAAGGACAAUUAUCGACCAAUCUUUCGUCUCGUUGGUCACCAGCUGGGCGUGCUCGAUGUUUGCAUUGACAAGCGAUUCAUCAUUACUUGUUCGAAAGACGCGACGAUCAAACUUUGGGACCGUUAUGAUGGGCAGCUGCUGAAAACUUUACACGGGCAUCGGGGUCCCGUGAAUGCAGUGCAAGUCCGUGGCAAUCUGCUAGCCAGCGCAAGUGGCGACGGUAUGGCGAAGCUGUGGCGGCUCGAGGACGGGAUGUGCAUCAAGGAGUUCCAAUCCAAGGACCGGGGUUUGGCGUGUGUUGAAUUCUCGGAAGACGGGCGAACGAUCUUCGCCGGCGGUAACGACAAAGUGAUAUAUGAGUACGAUACUAUCACGGGUCAACGUGUACGGGAGUUGAAAGGCCAUGACGAGCUUGUGCGAUCUCUGCAUCUGGACUCGGCAAACUCGCGCAUAAUCAGCGGUAGCUAUGACCAGUCCAUCAAGAUUUGGGAUGUCAAGAAGGGCGAGUCUGUGGAAGAUGGUGGUCUAAAACUCACAUUUGGGAAGUGGACUUCGAGCUGGAUGCUCUCGGCAAAAAGCAACUAUCGCAAAAUCAUCUGCACUAGUCAGGACGGACGGGUAGUCAUUAUCGACUUUGGCUAUGGCAUAGAAGGCGUCGAACUGGUGGAAACCUAA